UACUUUGGUGGAGCUCACAGCUGUUGGAACAUUCCGCUCUUUCUUUUUGAUAGUGCUGUUGCUGUUGCUGUUACUGUUGUUAGUUGUUAUUAAACUUGUAAACGAACCAAUAAUGUCGCACAUCAAGAACCUUAUACCAAAGACGGUCAAUCCGGACCUGGUGAAGGAGCGCACAGGCGCCGAGUUCAAUGUGGAGGAGUUUGCCGCCUGGUGGCACGGCGGCCAGGAGAAGCUAAACACCAAACGCGAAAUCGAACGGGCAGUCUUUAGCGAUCUGGAGGAUGGCUAUGGGCUGAAUCACGAGUACAUGUCGCACGAGGAUGUCUACAACUCGAGCGUUAAGAAAGUGGCCGAGGCCGCAGUGAAGCUGAAGGCUCUCCAGAACAAGAUCAACCCAGGAGGCAACGACAUUUGGCCCGGCUUGCUGUACAAUGUGCAGAGCCACGGGCUCUUUCCCUCCAACCAUCCACUGGCCACGCACAUCACCAUGUUCGUGGAUGUGAUCAAAGGUCAGGGCACGCCGGAGCAGGUCGAGAAGUGGGGCAAGGCGGCCGAGAACUGCAACAUCAUCGGCACCUAUGCCCAGACGGAGCUGGCCCAUGGCACGAAUGUGCGCGGAAUAGCCACGCGGGCGGACUUUGACCCCAAGACGGACGAGUUUGUCCUGCAGACGCCCAAUCUGGAGGCCUACAAAUGGUGGCCCGGCGGCUUGGGACAUACUGCGAAUCAUGCCAUGGUGGUGGCCCAGCUGUACAUUGCCGAUGUCCAUCACGGCGUGCAAAUGUUCAUAGUGCCGGUGAGAGAUGCGGAGACCCACAUGGCGCUGCCCGGCGUGGACAUUGGGGAGGUAGGCAAGAAGCUGGGCAUGGUGGCUGUCAACCAGGGCUUCUUGGGGCUGGACAAUGUCCGCAUUCCCCGCACCAAUAUGCUGAUGAAGUUCGCCAAAGUGGAGAGGGACGGCACCUUCAAGGCCAGCCCCGCCUCGAGGGUCAACUAUCUGACAAUGGUCUACACCCGCUGCCUGAUUGUCAACCUGACAUCCACUCUGCUGCUGGAGGCUGCCACCAUUGCCACCCGAUACUCGGCUGUUCGCCGCCAGAGUCCGAUUGAGGCCAACCAGCCCGAGCCACAGAUCAUUGAUCACGUCACGCAGCGCCUGAAGCUGUUCCCGGAGAUAGCCAACGGCAUGGCCUACCACCUGGCCGCGGAGCACAUGUGGGAGAUCUACGCCCAGACGGUGCAGGAGGCCAACAGUGGCAAGUUCGACCGACUGCCCGACAUGCACAUCCUCUCGUGUGCCCUCAAGGUGCUCUGCACGACAGACGGCUGUGCGGGCAUUGAACGUCUUCGUCUCUCCACCGGGGGCCAUGGCUACCUGACGGCUGCCAACAUGAGCAACAUCUACGGCAACGCAGUGGCAGCCUACACCUACGAGGGCGAGAACACGGUGCUGCUGCUGCAGAUUGGACGUGCGCUGGUCAAGGCCUGGGCUGCCUUUGUGGAGAAGAAGCCCGUCUCGGCCUCCUACGGCUACUUUGCGAGUUCCAUGCAGCUGAAGCAGUUCCCCAAGUGGGACAACUCCUGGCAGUGCAUCAUCCAGGCCCUGCAAUAUACGGCCGCUCACAAGACUCGCAUUGCAUUCGAGAAUCUAGCAGAGCGCAUGGGCAGUGGCCAGUCGCAGGGCGUGGCGGCCAAUAACACGGGCAUUGAGCUGACACGUGCAGCAGAGCUGCAUGGGCGUCAGUUUGUUUGCCAAACAUUCCUCGAGCAAGUGACAGGUGCCAAGGCCCAAAAGCGAUCGGCGGCUCUCAACAAGGUGUUGGAGAAUGUGCUGGAACUCUUCCUCGUGCAGACUGUGCUCAAUAACAUGAACGAUGUGCUGAGAUUUAUCAGCCUCACCGAUGCAGACCUCAAGUCGCUGCAGAAACGCUUGGAGGUGGCUCUGGAGAACUUCCGUCCCAAUGCAGUGGCCGUAUGCGACGGCUUCGGCUUCCACGAUCGCGUACUCAACUCGGUGCUGGGCAGCUACGACGGCAAUGUCUAUCCCCGGCUCUUUGACUCGGCCAAGCGCAGCAGCAUGAACCAAAAGCCGGUCCAGAAGUCCUUUGAGACCUACCUAAAGCCCCUGAUGAAGGCAAAUCUGUAAAUGGAUUCGCGCCAAGUGAUGCUUUAUCUUUGAUCAGUUUU